AUGCAAGGAUCAUUCAGCUACACCGUUGCAACCAAGGGCGAUGAAGACCAGAAGAUUGUUCAAUUCCGCGUCAGUCACUCCCCGCUCAAUGUCGACACCAUCCAACGGGCACAAGAAGUCCAUGGUGCUGUUGUACCACUCGCCCAGUACCAUGGAGAACUUGGGGAUGGCCCGACGGCACCGCUCAAGGUCUAUGCCAUGGAGAAGCUCCCGGGCGUAACCUACAUUGAUAUGGUGCUCGAUCACCUGCGGGACUCCUCCCCUCCAAUGCCGAAGCUACAGACGAUCCAGGAUCUCUCACGAUACUUUACGUCCGCUUGGCUUCACCCUGAACAUGUCACACAAGCAAAGCGGCAAGAAAGUCAAGAACAUGUCUCUAGAAAACUCUCUAUUCUCAGUUCCGUCUUACCCCAGCGCUUUCAUACCUUGAUAUCAUCUCUGCAAGCCGAUCUGCCUCAGCUUUAUUCUCCAGCCUAUCCCCAAGUUCUCACUUACGGAGACCUCUGUGAGAUGAACAUCCUUGUCAUGCCGGAGACUGGUCGGAUUUCUGGUAUCGUGGAUUGGGCAGAGGCGAGCAUACUGCCCUUUGGAACGGAGCUCUGGGGGCUGGAAAAUAUGCUUGGAAGUAUGGGUUCUCAAGGAUGGAAACAUGAUGAGAACCGAGGGAAGCUGGAAGAGGAGUUUUGGCGGCUGUUCUGGGGUACAAUUGAUGUUGAAGAAAGAGAGGGCCUCAAGGGCCGGCUAGGGAGAACGGUACGGGUUGCACGAGGCAUUGGUAUUCUCUUGAGGCAUGGGUUUACCUGGGACGAAGGCGUCCAUGAGAGGCCCAUAUCAGCGGCUGAUACAAACAGCCUGCGAUAUCUUGAUGCCUUUCUUCUAUCAACAUAA